AUGCAGUUCCACAAGGAGGAGUUUCGGAAGCUAGCGGGUCGCGCCCUCGGGCGGCUGCACCGGCUCCUGGAGAAGCGGCAGGAAGGCGCGGAGACGCUGGAGCUGAGUGCCGACGGCCGCCCGGUCACCACGCAGACGCGGGACCCGCCGGUGGUGGACUGCACCUGCUUCGGCCUCCCCCGCCGCUACAUCAUCGCCAUCAUGAGCGGCCUGGGCUUCUGCAUCAGCUUUGGCAUCCGCUGCAACCUGGGCGUGGCCAUCGUCUCCAUGGUCAACAACAGUACGACCCAUCGCAACGGCCACCUGGUGGUGCAGAAAGCUCAGUUCAACUGGGAUCCAGAGACUGUUGGCCUCAUACACGGCUCCUUUUUCUGGGGCUACAUUGUCACCCAGAUUCCCGGGGGAUUUAUCUGCCAAAAAUUCGCAGCCAACAGGGUUUUCGGCUUUGCUAUUGUUGCUACAUCCACGCUGAACAUGCUGAUCCCCUCGGCUGCCCGCGUCCACUAUGGCUGUGUCAUCUUCGUGCGGAUCCUGCAGGGGUUGGUGGAGGGCGUCACUUACCCCGCCUGCCACGGGAUCUGGAGCAAAUGGGCCCCUCCCUUAGAGCGGAGCCGCCUGGCGACCACAGCCUUUUGCGGUUCCUACGCCGGGGCGGUGGUGGCCAUGCCUCUCGCCGGGGUCCUGGUGCAGUACUCAGGCUGGAGCUCUGUGUUCUACGUCUACGGCAGCUUCGGGAUCUUCUGGUACCUGUUCUGGCUGCUCGUCUCUUAUGAGUCCCCGGCGCUGCACCCCAGCAUUUCAGAAGAGGAGCGCAAGUACAUCGAAGAAGCCAUCGGCGAGAGCGCCAAACUCAUGAACCCCCUCAUGAAGUUUAAAGCACCUUGGCGGCGCUUCUUCACCUCCAUGCCCGUCUACGCCAUCAUCGUGGCCAACUUCUGCCGCAGCUGGACGUUCUACCUGCUCCUCAUCUCCCAGCCCGCCUAUUUCGAAGAAGUGUUCGGCUUCGAGAUCAGCAAGGUGGGCCUGGUGUCGGCGUUGCCCCACCUGGUCAUGACCAUCAUCGUGCCCAUCGGUGGCCAGAUCGCCGACUUCCUGAGCUUCGGCAUGGAAGCCACGCUGCUGCUGGUGGUGGGCUACUCGCACUCCAAGGGCGUGGCCAUCUCCUUCCUGGUCCUCGCCGUGGGCUUCAGCGGCUUCGCCAUCUCUGGCUUCAAUGUGAACCACCUGGACAUCGCCCCGCGCUAUGCCAGCAUCCUCAUGGGCAUCUCCAACGGCGUGGGCACGCUGUCGGGCAUGGUGUGCCCCAUCAUCGUGGGCGCCAUGACCAAGCACAAGACUCGGGAGGAGUGGCAGUACGUGUUCCUAAUCGCCUCGCUGGUGCACUAUGGAGGGGUCAUCUUCUAUGGGAUCUUCGCUUCCGGAGAGAAGCAGCCGUGGGCGGAGCCUGAGGAGAUGAGCGAGGAGAAGUGUGGCUUUGUUGGCCACGACCAGCUGGCCGGCAGUGAUGAAAGCGAAAUGGAGGAUGAGGCUGAGCCCCCUGGGGCACCCCCUGCUCCCCCUCCCUCCUAUGGGGCCAUACACAGCACAGUGCUGCCCCCAAGACCCCCACCCCCUGUCCGGGGCUACUGACCAUGUGCCUCCCACUGGAUGGCAGUUUCCAGAACCUCCAUUCCACACAUCUCUGGCCUGAGUGACAGUGUCAAGGACCCCCAGUCCUCUCUGUCCUGCCUCAGGCCUAAGAAGCACUCUCCCUUGCUCCCAGUGCUGUCGAAUCCUCUUCCUUUCCCAAUUGCCUCUCAGGGUAGUGAAGCUGCGAAUGGCAGUUUCAAGGAUACCCAGAUUCCCCUAAGGGUUCCCUUCUCCACUUGUUUUGCCUCAGUGGUUCCAAACCUCUCCUUUCAGGGCUUUAUUUCCAUGGACAGUUCGGUCUCUCACUCUCUCUUGUGGUUUUGAGGCAACUUCUCCCCUUCCUUUAACCCCAGGGACCCUGAGUUACUCAGCCCCCCCCUCUUCUCUCAGAAAAAUUCAAGGUCUUCCUCUAGAGGUUUCAAAUCUCUCCUAAAUCUAUUCUGCAUUUUUUUUUUCAGGUUGGUUUAGCCAAUCACCCAUCCCCACUAUUUUAGAGAUCAAUUCUCACCAGCGUUUCUGAGGGAAAAUGGUGGUUUCAAGACCCCCUCCAAUCUCUUCACCCCUCCCUCCCCUCCACCAGCAGAUUCUGCUGAACACACCAAAUCCCCAAGACCUUCUCCCUAGCUUAGCGCAAUGUCUAGGGACACCACCCAGACCGCAGGUCUAUCGGUACGCCUCACUCCACCCCUAUGCACUUUUUCGGACACAGUUUUCAGGGUUAAACAGUGGCUGCUCAAGUUCAUCCGUGGUUUGAAGCCACCACCAUUGAACUUCCCCACGGUGGUUUCAACAUGUCCCCCUCCCCCCCAGCUCCUUGCACUUUAUUCUCCUGGGUGGUUGCAAACCACCCUCGUUUUCUCAGUGGCCAUUUCUCGUGUCCCUCAGGGGCUAAAUGACUCAAAUUCGGGGAUGCUACCCUCUCAGACACCUUUCUUUUGGCUUAGAAUUUGGGGAACACGUAUAAGAGAAGUCACAGAACCCCAGGAAAGGGAAGGGGGCUGGGGCGAGAGGUGUUUUCCCCGGGGCAGGGUGCCUCUGUGUGUGUCUGUCUCUGUGACUGUAAACCCUGCCCUGCCCCACUCCCAAUAAAGUGCUUUGGUGGACA